UCGCGUUUCGGACAAUUGCUUUUGUGCGGCUGAAACUGGCAAAACCCUAAACCCUCACAGGCCACAGGGUUCUCUCAUUAUCUUCUCUUUUCUCUCCCAUUUAGCGUGAAAAACACUCUUCCUGCCUGCCUGCCUGCCAAUCCUAAGCUAAGAAGUAUAAGGAUAUCUCAGCAGCCGUCAAACCCUAAUUCCGAUUUGGACCGGGGAAGUGCUAAAUAACAAAGAAGAUUGUGGUAGGCUGCUUGAGUUGGGUAAUCUAUUCAACCUUUUCCUUGAUCUUGUAAAGCGAAAAUUGAGUCGCUUACUUGGCAAAUUCUUUCUUUCCAAUUUAGUCUUUGCAAGUGAAGGCAAAGUAAUGCAAUCAGUUUGGACUCACCAUGUUAUUGAACACUGUGGUUAUGUUUAUAGUGCAUGCCUUCUUCUUCUCCGCGUUUUGUGUUAAGAGGACUUUCUGUAAGUCAAAUAAAAAAAUGCAUACCUAAACAAGGGAAACAAAGUGCCAUAGCAGUAGGUUUUCAAAGCAAUUACCCUGUUAUAGAAACGGAUGCAUCUAACAAUGUUUCUAUGAUAGAUAACCUUUUUAAUUCUCUCAAAGACCUUGCAAGGAAGGGACAUUUAUUAAAAGCAUUUGAAACCUUCUCUCUGAUCAAGCUCCAUGCCUCUUCAGCUAAUCGUGAUGCUAUCUUACAUUCAAUUUCUUCAUUGCUUUACUCUUGUACCAACCUUAAAUCACUCCCGCAGGGUAAACAGCUCCAUGCCCACACCAUCUCUUUGGGAUUUGAAAAUCAUCUCGUUUUGGUUCCCAAGCUUGUCACAUUUUACUCAAGCUUCAGUCUCCUAGCUGAUGCGCACAUCAUCACUGUGAAUUCAGUUAUUGUGAACCCUUUGCCUUGGAACUUGCUUAUCUCAUCCUAUGUUAACAAUGGGUUACAUGGAGAGGCUCUUUCAGCAUAUAGAGAAAUGGUACAUAAAGGGGUUAGACCUGAUAAUUUCACUUAUCCAUCAGUCCUUAAGGCUUGUGGUGAAAAAUUGGAUCUGGACUUUGGGAGGGAGGUACAUGAGUCUAUUAAUGCUGCCUAUGGGCACAGAUGGAACCUGUACGUGCAUAAUUCUUUGGUUUCCAUGUAUGGAAAAUUUGGGGAAUUGGAUGCUGCUCGUCGCUUAUUUAAUCAAAUGCCAGAGAGAGAUGCUGUUUCUUGGAACGGAAUAAUCAGUAAUUAUGCCUCCAGGGGUCUGUGGAAAGAAGCAUUUGAACUGUUUGAAGAAAUGAGACUAGCAGGCGCAGAAGUGAAUAUUAUAACUUGGAACACCAUAGCAGGAGGGUGCGUACAGACAAGAAAUUUUAAAGGGGCACUUGAGUUGCUUUCUCAGAUGAGAAGGUGUGGCAUUGAUUUGGAUCCAGUGGCAAUGAUUAUUGGCUUAGGUGCAUGUUCACACAUUGGGGCCAUUAAGUUAGGAGCAGUGAUUCAUGCUUCUGCAAUUCGUAGUUGUUUCGAUGGAUUUGAUAAUGUAAGAAAUGCACUGAUAGCCAUGUAUUCACGGUGUAAAGACCUCAGGCAUGCUGACAUUUUAUUUAAAUCAACUAAAACUAAGAGCUUAACUACUUGGAACUCCAUGCUUUCUGGUUAUACUCACAUGGACCGAUCUGAGGAAGCCUCGUUCCUGUUCAGGGAGAUGCUGUUUUCUGGAAUUGAACCUAAUUAUGUGACUAUUGCAAGCAUUCUUCCCCAUUGUGCUCGAGUGGUGAAUUUACAACAAGGGAAGGAGUUCCAUUGUUACAUUAUGAGGCGUGAAGGGUUUGAGGACUAUUUAUUGCUUUGGAAUUCCCUCGUUGAGAUGUAUGCAAGAUCUGGAAAGGUUUUAUCAGCAAAAAGAGUGUUUGACUCAUUGAGAAGGAGGGAUAAAGUGACUUAUACCUCCUUGAUUGCUGGGUAUGGUAUACAGGGAGAGGGGAAGACUGCACUAAAAUUGUUUGAUGAAAUGAUCAAACAUCGGAUUAAACCAGACCAGGUCACCAUGGUGGCAGUUCUAUCUGCGUGUAGCCAUUCUGGUCUAGUAACUGAAGGAAACGUGUUGUUUGAAAAGAUGUCAACUCUCUAUGGGAUAGUUCCCGCAGUAGAGCACUUUUCAUGCAUGGUUGAUCUCUUUGGGAGAGCUGGAUUGUUAAAUAAAGCAAAGAAAGUAAUUACCAGUAUGCCUUACAGGCCAACCACUGCUAUGUGGGCCACUCUUGUAGGCGCCUGCCGGAUCCAUGGAAACACAGAGAUAGGGGAAUGGGCAGCUGAGAAAUUGCUGGAAAUGAAGCCUGAAAAUCCAGGUUACUAUGUGUUGAUUGCUAAUAUGCAUGCUGCUGCUGGUCGUUGGAGCAAGCUGGCAGAAGUCAGGACUUACAUGAGGGAUUUAGGUGUGAGGAAGGCCCCUGGAUGUACCUGGGUUGAUGUCGGCUCUGGAUUCUCCCCCUUUGUGGUUGGUGACACUUCCAAACACAACUCAAAUGAUCUUUACGAAUUGUUGGAGGGGUUGACUGAUCUAAUGAAAGAUGCCGGUUAUGUUGCCGGAGAAAAUUUUAGUUCCGAGGAUGAAGUGUUGGAGGAGAUAGAAUGCUGCAACAUGUGAAUUUUAGUUCCUUGAAUUGUGUUGUGUUCGGACUUUUACUUGGAGAGAGAGAGCUCGAUGCAACUUGUUGAGCACAUUGAAUUGUGCAAUUUUACUCUGGAUUUAUAUUAUUUAUAAAAAAAAUGUAAAUAAAUAAACUGGUUCCACUUGUAGAA